AUGAGCUUUGGAUCUGAAUUAAAGGAUCAAGUAUCAACAGUUAAUCAAUAUAUUCAAAAUGGAAUUCAAUUUAUGCAUGAAUUUCGAGAAUUUGUAAAAGAACGAGCACAAAUAGAAAAGGAAUAUGCGAGUAAAAUAGAAGGCUUGGCCAAAAAACAUUUAUUAAAGAAAGAAAAGAAAGCAAUUUCCAUGUCAAUAGGGGAUGUGGCUAAUACUUUAAGUGAAAAAGAUUUUAAUGAGGCAAAAUCUGAACCUAGUACAUUUUUAAAUGCAUGGGCAAGAAUUUUAGAAGAAACAGAAAAUGUGGCUAAAGAAAGAUAUAAAUUUUCAGAAUCAAUAUCAACAAAAAUAAUGGAAGAAUUAAAAACAGUUUCAAUUAAAAAGGAAGAGAUGAGAAAAAAGCACAUACAAUUUUCAAAUAAAUUAGCAUUAGAAAGGGAUAAAAUGUAUUCAGAAAAUCAGAAAGCAAAAGCUCGAUAUAAUGAAAGUUGUUUAGAAGCAUUAAAUUCUCAACAAAAACAAGAAAAAGCACCUGAUGAAAAAGUAUUAGAAAAGUUACGAAAACAAACACAAGAAGCUAUUAUUGAUAUGAAUAAUAAUAAAAAUUUAUAUAUUUUGUCAAUAAGAAUGACGAAUGAACAUAAACACAAAUAUUAUAAUAGUGAUAUACCUUCUCUUAUUGAUCAAUUACAAGAACUCAAUGAAAGUAGAACAAAUGCAUUAAAACGAAUAUGGGAUGAUUGCGUCAAUUUAGAGUUAAAUGUUCUUAAUGACUCUAUAAAACAUUUGAAUUCGACACGUAGAGAUGUUCAAUCUAUUGAUGAUCGUAAGGAUUCGGAAUUAUUUAUCAAAUAUAAUAAACAAAAUAAUCAAGAGGAACCACCGGAUUUUGAUUUUGUUUCAUCUUCCGCUUUUGAUGAUGACGAUGUAUUAGUUAAUGAUGAAAAUGCAAGUGUUUUUCUUAGUAAUAAACUUUCAAAAUCCAGACAACGAUUAUCAGAAUUAACUCAAGAAAUAGAAACAAAAAAAAAGCAAUUAGAUGGAUUAUUAUCAUUAAAGGAUGCUUAUGAAAAUAAUCAUAAACUUGGAGAUUCUGAUACCGUAACUGAAUAG